CAGAGCUGAUCCUCCGCGCGACUUAACUGCCCAGAGACAUCUUUCCACAGCAUUCUCUGCUGUCUUUAACUUUACACUGGCUAGUGACUAAACAAAUACGCCUUAUAGCAAUGUAAACUGCAUUGGAAACACUUAGGGAACCGUAUAUCUCUUGAUAAUGCUGUCAAGCUCGCAUUAACCUGGUAUAUGGCUUCCGUAAAUGCAACAGACAUGUCUCCCCGCUGAGAAAACAACCGGUGCUGUUCUGCUGCGUUCAAGUUUUCAGGUGUGGUGCCGAGCCCAUGGAGAAGCCAUCAUCUUCAGGCAAAGCAGCUCUGGAGGAGAGGAGGGGUCUAGUGGAGGACAGCUGGGUGCUGAGGGGGGCUGGGGGAGGGGAGGUGGACCCUCAGACUCCGAGGAAGAGCAGCUCCUCUCGCUCUUCCCGCAAGAGCUUCCGCCUGGACUACCGGCUGGAGGAGGAAGUGACAAAGUCCUGUCGGGACAAAAAUGGCCGCUGGACCAACCCUUGGCCCACAUGGCGCUUCCCCUCCUACACCACCCUGCUCAGAUUCCUGCUGCUGGAUAAAAACCACAGCAAUGUACCAACCAGUAAAGAGGCUCUGGACAACGAGCUCCCCGUGCUGGAGCCGUACUUCAUCCAGACCCCGGACCUCUCUGAGUCGGGCCCCGGGCUGAGGGUCACCUGGCUGGGUCACGCCACAGUUCUGGUGGAGAUGGACGGGCUGAAUAUCCUCACAGACCCAAUGUUCAGCCAGAGGGCCUCACCCUUCCAGUUCAUGGGCCACAAAAGGUACCGAGGGCCCCCCUGCACUGUGGAACAGCUGCCCAGGAUCGAUGCUGUGGUCAUCAGUCAUUCUCACUAUGACCAUCUGGAUGCUGGGUCUGUGGCCAGCCUGAACGCACGCUUCGGAGGGGAGCUACGCUGGUUCGUGCCCCUGGGUUUGAUGGACUGGCUGGUGAAGACAGGCUGUGAGAAUGUGAUGGAGCUGGAUUGGUGGGAGGAGAACUGUGUCCCCGGUCACGAUGACGUCACAUUCGUCUGCACACCGUCUCAGCACUGGAGCAAACGCACCGCGCUCGACGAUAACAAGUCUUUAUGGAGCAGCUGGUCUAUUUUGGGUCCGGACCAUCGAUUCUUCUUCACUGGUGAUACCGGCUACUGCUCUUCCUUCCAGGAGAUCGGACGACGCUUCGGACCGUUUGACCUCGCGGCAAUCCCCAUCGGAGCCUACCUGCCCAGGUUCUGCACAUUAUACACACACUGUCUACGUUCAUCAUGCCUAUUAUUUCCUCCAGUCAACAUGGGACAUGAUGCAGGGGCAGCAUGUAGAUCCAGAAGAGGCUGUUCAGGUCCACCAAGACCUUCAGGCCAAACAGUCCGUGGCCAUCCACUGGGGAACGUUCGCUCUCGCCUAUGAGUUCUACCUGGAGCCUCCGGUGCGUCUCAGAGAGGCCCUGGAGCAGAAAGGACUGAAGCCAGACUCUUUCUUCACUCUGCACCACGGGGAGUCUCGACUCAUUUCCUCCCAGGAAGAUGUUUUUGACUGAUCCCCUGUGCAUCUGAAACUUAGAGCAGAACAAUUGUGUUAAUCAUAAUUUCAUGGACUACAGUCAUUUAAGACUGAAAACAAUGUAUGCAUAUCAUCAACUGAAAAUAGUUAAUUUAAAUGUUACACAGUAGUACUGUUUACAUACUGAAAUGUCUGAGUCGUGCUCUUGUCAUGGUGGGCAAAACAGGAGCUGUGUCUUCACCCAAAAAUAAUUCUGAUUUACUCUACGCAUGGGAAACAUUUGAAUAUGCAGUGGAAGUCUCAAAGAGGAUUUAUAUCAUUGUAACAAAAAAGAGGUAAGAGCAAAUUAGCCAUAUCUAGAGACUUUUGUUUCCAUGAAGUGAUAACUUCCGUUAAUGUAAGUAGACAUUAGGGUGGUCUGUAAAACACUUUCAGCUCUAAGGAGGAGGACUUCUGGUCCAGAUCGGACCCACAAACUGCCACUGAGAAGAAAUCUGCAUGCUUAUGUCCCCGGGUGACAUAAUGUUUUUGGCAAAAAUGUGGCCAGACUUUAUUUGUAUAUCCGACUAUAAAUAGUCAAAUACAAUGCCAAUUUAAGUCACAUGGAGUAACUCGUGCUCGUCCCAUGUGACUCUCUUAAAUUGAGGUGUGAAUGUAUGCGAGUUUGUGGGGUUGAACCACUUACCUUCAGUAUGCAGCAGCUUCAUGUUGACACGCACGAAGUUCCUGUGAGCUGUAAUUUAAACAGUCAACUAUUAGAAAGUUACUCAGAGUAGUAGAGUUGCUAGCCAAUGCCACAAUACCAACAUGUAUUUCUCUGAAUGUACUUUGGCCAACCCAAAUCUACUUGAGAUGCAGAAAUGUCCAAAUAAAUCAGAUGUGUAUGAGAUGAAGCCCUGUGUGCUAAGAGAGUGCUGCUGGGAGGUGCAGGCAGGAGCUGAGCUGGGAUCAGCUCCAUGCACUGCACACAUAUUUCUGUGUUUGACGCUCUGGAGACUUUGUUCUCUUUGCUCUUCAGUAUGAUCAUUCACAUUUUUUAAUCUGAGGCUGACAGUAGAAUCAUUUGAGUACUAAACUAUUGAACAGAUUGUUCUUUAUGCUGGAUCUUUGAAGCCUGAAUGUAUGAAAAGUGGACAGCACAAUGUUGGGUUCAGUUUGUGGCCUGGUUACAUUCACAAAGGCAGUGUGUGGAUUACACUGUGUCACAGUUUGCCAUUAAAAUAACUUGUGAUCAAA